AUGAGCGUUCAUUCUCACUCGCACGACCCUAUAGGGCACGAUGACCGUUUGACCAAUUCAACAGAUGAUAUUGGGUCCGUUGAGUCUCAAGACACCAAUUCGCGGGCUUCGGAAGAAGCAAAUAGGCGGACAGACACGGCACUCGAAAAGCAGAGCACAGCCGCGUCAGGUCUUUCUGUGCUUGAACAACGGGCACAGUCGAUCGUGUCGCGCAUUCGCAGUCGAGAGCCGGGACAAACAGCCAAAUUCACGCAUCCGCUGUCGCAUACAAAGACCAGCCCUGAUGUAAUAGUCGACUUUGAAGGGCCAGACGACCCUUAUCGACCGUUGAACUGGGGAUUUAAGAAGAAGGCCGUGACGACGGUGCUGUAUGGGUUGACGACCAUGGGCGCGACAUGGGCUAGUUCUAUAUACUCGACAGGCCAGAAACAAAUCGGCCAGCAGUUUGGGGUGUCUCUGGAGGUAUCGACUCUAGGAACGUCACUCCUCCUGUUCGGAUUGGGUCUCGGUCCUCUGGUAUGGGCUCCUCUUUCCGAGGUCUAUGGCCGCAAACCAGCUGUGCUGGCUCCAUAUUUUAUCGCAGCAAUCAUGUCAUUUGGCACAGCCACUGCCAAGGAUCUCCAGACCAUCAUGUUGACGCGCUUCUUUACGGGCUUUUUUGGCUCCGCGCCGGUGACAAAUACCGGUGGUGUGUUGAGCGACAUCUGGACCCCAGAACAGCGAGGUGCCGCAAUUGUCGGAUACGCCAUGGCUGUGGUUGGAGGCCCCGUGUUGGGCCCCAUUGUUGGAGGCGCUAUUGUUCAAAGCUACCUGCAUUGGCGAUGGACCGAAUAUAUCACUGGAAUCAUGAUGAUGUUCUUUUUGACCUUGGAUCUCAUCUUCAUUGACGAAAGUUACCCACCAGUACUGCUAGUCUACAAGGCUCGAAGACUUCGCUUUGAGACCGGCAACUGGGCUCUUCAUGCUCGACACGAAGAAUGGGACGUGACGCUCAAAGAACUCGGGAACAAAUAUCUGGUCCGGCCGUUCCAACUCCUUGCUACUCCCAUCUGCUUCUUGGUCGCACUGUACGCAUCCUUCGUCUACGGAAUUCUCUACCUCAGCCUGGCUGCAUUCCCCAUUGUAUUUCAAGAGAUCCGUGGAUGGAACCAAGUGGUCGGCGCUCUUCCUUUCCUCGGCUACCUGGUGGGCAUCCUCAUCGGUGCCGUCAUCAACCUGUCCAACCAGCGCUUCUAUCUCAAGCGUUUCAAAGCCAACGGCAACCGCGCCGUGCCCGAGGCAAGAUUGCCGCCCAUGAUGAUUGGCUCUGUAAUGUUUGCAGCAGGGCUAUUUGUCUUCGGCUGGACAAGUCCAAAGCACAUCCAUUGGAUUGGUCCCAUCAUCGGUGCCGUGAUGAUGGGCUUUGGAUUCUUCACUAUCUUCCAGGCGGCGUUGAACUAUCUCAUCGACACAUUUCAAACGACCUCGGCUAGCGCAAUCGCUGCAAAUACGUUUUUGCGCUCGGUGUUUGCAGGCUGUUUCCCGCUCUUCACGAGCGCCAUGUUCCAUAAUCUGGGCGUGCCUUGGGCAGCUAGUAUCCUGGGGUUCAUAUCGGUCGCUUUGAUUCCGAUCCCGUAUCUCUUCUACGUUUUUGGAAGGCGGAUCCGGGCACGAGGGAAGUGGUCAAGGGCGUCGUUAUGA